AAAUUUUGUGCGAGUUCUAGCCGAGGUAGCACUUGCCGCGCAAAGAUUCCGCACAGGCGGGGCAGAGUAACCAGACGUAAAUGGAGAAGGUUUCUCCCAAGCUGCAAGGCGAACCAUGGAGAGUCCUUGAAUUCUACAGCGGCAUAGGCGGCAUGAGGUACUCGCUACUGCGUGCUGGCAUCGAUGCGAAAGUGAUACGAGCUUUUGAUAUUAACAACAAAGCAAACGAUGUUUACGAGCACAAUUUCGGUGAUCGUCCAUAUCAGGGUAAUAUUGAAAGUCUGACUGCUGCUGAUAUCGACAGCUACCAAGCUCACGUUUGGCUUCUUUCACCUCCUUGCCAACCAUAUACUAGACAAGGUUUGCAAAAGCAAUCUGGCGAUGCCCGGGCAUUUUCAUUCCUCAAAAUUCUUGAAUUGAUGCUUCAAGCAUCGAGGCCACCAGUAAUGUUAUUCAUGGAAAACGUCGUUGGCUUUGAGACAUCUGACACGCAUACAAAAAUGAUUGAGAUAUUGGAAAAAGCUGGUUUUUCUAGACAGGAGUUUAUUUUAAGCCCAAUGCAAUUUCGUGUCCCAUAUUCCAGACCGCGGUACUUCUGUCUGGCUAAAAGGAGGCCUUUAUCCUUUCAGACACAAUUAUGUAAUAAUCAACUUCUUUGGUCUCCGCGGCCAUUGCUCGAGAAUUAUGCUGACUUAGAAAUCAUUGAAAGUCAUGGAUCACAAACAACUUCUGAUAAGUUGCUGCUCUCUUGUGAGCCAAUAUGUAAGUUUCUUGACAAUUCCAACCAUCAAAACGAGUUUAGUUCUCAUGAUGCCAGUAGUAUUCACAGAGAGGGUGCAUUGGAGAAAACCAAGGAUGUGGAUGAGCAAGACAUUGACUCUUUUGGUCAGUAUCUCGUCCCAUCCAGUUUGAUUGACAGAUGGGGCAGUGCUAUGGAUAUCGUAUAUCCUGAUUCAAGGCGAUGCUGCUGUUUCACAAAAAGCUACUACCGAUAUGUGAAGGGUACCGGCUCACUCUUGGCACCUUUUGAGGUGGAAAGGAUGGGUAAGGCUCAUUCUCUGAAGGAGCAGAAGCUCAGAUAUUUUACUCCUAGAGAGGUUGCUAACCUGCAUUCCUUUCCGGAAGAUUUUGAAUUUCCACAGCAUAUCGGCCUCAGACAACGCUAUGCAUUGCUGGGGAAUAGUUUGAGCAUUGCCGUUGUUGCUCCCUUGCUCAAAUAUCUCUUCGCUGAGCCAUCUUGAUUAAAGAUUCCAUUCCCAUCCAAGAAUACAAAAAUGGGGAGACGUUGGAACAGGCAUUGUAUUUGUAAACCAAGAGAGCAACCACUAAUAGGCACUGUAUUUGUUCUUCCGGAGUAAUCAAUUUUCUAGUGAAUUAUGUAUUAAACUAUUUUACUCAACGGAGAGAUAUAUUUCUUGUUCUAAA